CACAUAACCUAACUUAAAUCUCGUUGACAGAUGUCACGGUAAUGAAAACUUCCUCUAAAAUUGUUUGAAUUUAAUUAUUAAUAUAGUCAAAUGGCGUUAAUAAUAUCCACCAUACAAAAAUGUUGUUUGAAAUCCCUGGAAGAAAAACUAUUAGCUUUAAGUAUUACAAAUACAACUCAAAUAAGAGAGAGACAUGUACUAAACGCCAAACCUAGACUAAGGAAUCCUACGUGGUUUACCAAACAAACCAGAGCCACCACCGAAGAAUAUCUCACCCCAGAAAACAAAGAAUUCCUAAAAGAAAUAACUCAAGAUAAAUAUUCAAACAAAGAAAAUCCGGAAAUAGUAUUGAAACAAUGGGAUCCAAAAUUGCAAAGGACUGGACUAAUUGCCAGGAAAAUUGGUGUGUAUCCAAUGUGGCUUAAAGAUGGAAAAAGAAUUCAGACAACACUACUACAGGUUUUAGACAACCAUGUAAUAAGACAUUACCCAGCUGAUGAGUACGACCCUCCCAGGAAGCGAGUGGGGAGGAUUUACAACAAAAAGGCGUGCCUUUUAAUUGGAGCGGAAGAAGCAGACCCUUCAAUUUUCACCAAGGAAUAUUGCGGAUUAUUCAAGGACUCUGGUGUAAUCCCCAAAAAGAUUUUGAAAAGAUUUUUUGUCAGUCCUGAUGCAGCUCUACCUGUUGGAUCACUGUUGAAUGUCAUGCAUUUUCAAGUUGGAAAUGCCGUUGAUGUAAUGGGAAAAACUAUUGAUAGGGGUUUCCAGGGUGUGGUUAAAAGGCAUGGUUUCAAAGGAAUGCCUGCCUCUCAUGGUGUGACCAAAACUCACAGACGUGGUGGCAACAUCGGUGGCGGCGGUGAGAAAGGUAGGGUCUGGCCUGGUACCAAAAUGCCAGGUCAUAUGGGUAACAGAUUUCUAGUACAAAAGGGUUUAACAGUCUUAAGAAUAAACACCAAGUAUAAUGUCAUGUGGGUGACUGGACAAGCUAUUCCUGGCGAAACUAAUUCUAUUGUUACUGUUUAUGAUUCUAAACUGCCAUUAAGAAAACCAACCAAACCUGUACCUUUCCCCACUUAUGUGGGACCAAUUGAUGAUAGCAUACCUGAGGAUUUCUAUGAUGAGAAGGUUCACGUUUUUAAUGAGCCCACUAUUGUUUAUAAUGACAAGUAAUUAGGUCAAUAAAGUUGUUAAAUAGAUUUUUA